AGGGUCAUCUCGUCCCGAAUAGAAUCCAUCAACCGAGCUGAAGCGAAGCCCUCCAUCCAACUUUUAAACUUGGGCUGUCCCCUCACUCAGCCUUCCAAUUGCUUUCGAAUCUCAUAUUCAGUACCCACAGCCUUGCCAGAGACAAACUACCCCGUUGGGCAAUACCGGUCAAUAAUCUUCUUGAGAAGCCACCUGAACUGAGCAGCAAGCAAUCCGAGACUCAACCACUGCCAGCUAUCCUCCUCUCCUUCUGUAUCUUCGCGAUGGCCGCUGGACAGUACGACAGUUCCGACAACCAGGCGUAUAUGAUGACUCCAGAGCUCAGCGCCGCGAUGUAUGAUGGAACGUCAAGCGAGUCCUCCGCGAGCUCGCCCCUCAACUGUAAUGGAUUUGACAAUUUGUACGGCGCGAACGGCUUCAUGAAUUACCCCGCAUUCCCCAUGCAGUAUCCUAUGAGCGGUGACGGUAUGGCGCCUUUGGGGCUGAUUCCAGUUGAGUUGGAUAUCGAGGGUCUUUAUGAGGACCACGAUCGGCGGAGGAGGAAGGGGGGCAGUGAUAAAGUUGUGUCCUCUCACGUGCAUUCCCGUCGCCGAGCCCAAAACCGCGCAUCACAACGGGCUUUUCGGGAUAGGAAAGAGAAACACAUGAAAGAGCUUGAGCAACGGCUUGCUGAGCUAGAAGGUCGGCAUACUGAUCUUUCGAGGUCAUAUGAGUCGCUGCAACUUGAAUAUACAAGCGUCAAGCAAGAGCUUGAGAAGUUGCGCAAGGACAGCUCGAGAACGGAUGGAGGGUCUUCCAGUUCAUCAUCAUCAUCGAGGCAUUACCACUCGAGAGGGUGGGAAGAUUCAAAAGGAGAAAUCCUUGACCCACUCUUGUUUGAUGUUUCUGCAUUUUGCUUUGAUCAGGAUGAAGGACACGAGCGAAAAGACUGAGAGGGAGGCUAUUUGUUUUGGUGUUUGGAGUUGGUCGGUGCUAUAGGUUUUUCGGUCUGGAUGGCCUGGGAUGCAUGGACAGAGGCGGAGCUUUGAAUUCUGA